UUUUUAAUGCAAACAAAAGAGAAAUCGUGAGCAUCAAAAGUCGCACGUCCCGCCUAUAAAUAGUGAAAUUGAUAAGCUUCUCCAUGCAAUGCAACAAGAAGCGCGCAGCUAGCAUUUCCUCAAAUCGUCAAAGUUAGAACGCAUUAGUCAAAGUACUGUAAGCAAAAGAUGGCAGAGAUCGAAGUGAGCGAACCAAAGAUGUUGGUUUUGGAGAAUCCAGAAGCUGAUUAUGAGAAGAUGAUAAAAGAGUUGGAGGCUAAAGUUCAGGCGGCGGCCAACGUGGAUGGAAUUCGUAGUGGAUCUAUUGAAGUGACAUCCCCUCUCACAAACUUUACCAAGACAGUGCUAACGAAGCUUGAUGUGAAAUUUUGGGCUGGUCGUUCGAUCCACAGCUUCCCUGAUUUGAAAAACAAUACCACAUACCUUUUUGGCCAGAGAGGCACUCUUCCUGAAGGUGUUAAGUGGGGCUAUUCUUAUGCUACUGGUAAAGAGUCCACUGAUCGUAAGUGGGUUGCCGCUUUUGAUUACGUUGCCGGCAAGGCUUAUUGUGAAUGUGGACCUACUGGUCCAGUUGACUGGAACGUAGUUGCUGAUAAGUUGAGUAAGUCUGAAAGCAAGAUGGAGUAUGUUGACCCCAUUUUUGGAGGCAGGAUCGUUGCUAGGGUUGCUGGCGACCAACUUAUAUCAACUCUCUGGUAAUACGCAUGGGAUCAUAUCCGGCUAGCUUCACUACUACGUACUACUACUAUGCGUUUGCGCUACGAGUAAUUACCUUCCUUUUUUUUUUUUUUUUGAGGGGAAUUACCUUCCUAUUUAAGUACUAUAUACUAUGUUUAACAAAUAAAACGGAUGCCACGACUAUGCAUCUUGCUUUCUAUUCACUUAUGGUGUAUGUACGUGUACGUCAUGUUUAUGUUUGUCACCAAACAUACAAUCUAUCUAUAUAAGAAUAAUUAUAUGUGUUUA